GAAUGAUGGUUGCUGAAAAAGACAGCUAAACUAAAGUGAAGCUAAAACUGAGCUAAAUAUGUCGCCUAUAUUACUCCCUAUGUCAAAAACAGGUGUUUAGGAGAAGAAUGAGCUGAAACGUUUCUGAAGAAGCUGAAUACAAAAAAUAAUAAAGCACAGAAAAAAACUAUCAGAAUAUACAGUGGGUGUCAUGUUUAGUGGAGGUUUGGACUCAAAACGCAGAAUGACAGUGAUGCGAAAAAGAAAAAUCCUGUUUUACAGCAGCGACAGGUAUCAGAUCAGUAGUUUGCUUCGGAACUUCUAUAGCCUCCUGCUGCUGGGCAGUAGUCUUAAUUUUGGCCCCCAUACCACGCCAUAGACAGGGAAGUCCACAGGCUCAGGCAGCACACUGGAGCCGACUCAAACUCCACACACUCACAGGCAAACUCGAAGCAGAAAACACAGGACAGGUAUAACACACACACACACGCACACACGCACACAUGCACACACACACACACACACACACAUGCGCACACACACGCACGCACACAUGCACACACACACACAUGCACACACACACGCACGCACACAUGCACACACACACACACACACACAUGCGCACACACACACACGCGCACACACACACACACACACACACAUGCACCCCCCCCCUACACACACACACACACACAAAACGAACCGAUGAAAACGCAAGACAAAAGCAGGGCUUUAACACACAGGGCAGUGAUCAGGGAAACGGGGAGCAGGUGGGGGGUGAGUGGGAGCUGAUGGGAGGCACGAGAGACUAAUAAACUACGUGGGGAGGAAACACAAAGGGAGAUACUAAUUUAAAUAAUAGAAACAUACAGAAGAGUAAAGAUAUGUGAACUACUAAACCUGAAACUAGACACAAGAACAAACAAGAGACACUAGAUCAUUAGCUGAAGAGAACUAAACUAAAGAGACAAGAACCAACCUAAUACUGGGGGACUAACAAAGAGAUGGGACAGCUAAAUAUGAAGUGACCAGAGGGAACAUGGGGGAGACUUGGAAGGGGCUGGAGACCACAGGGACACAGAACAUGACAGUGGGGCGUGAAAGUUUGAGCAGCCUUGUUAAUCUUCCUGCUUCAUCAUCAUUAAUUUUAUUUACAGUAUAACAGAUGUGUAACACAGCUAAACCUGCCUAAUUAAAAGUUAACGUCUUUAUCCCAGAUUUAAAAACGAAAGUGAUGGGGCUGUUUGAACUGCUAAAGGCAGAGCAUUCUUCAGUCGGGGCUCAGCUACUGAGAAGGCUCGUCCACCUCACAUUUCCAGGUUAUCUUGGAGUAGACAGCAGACACUGGUCUGCAGACCUGAGUGAACUGAUUGGAGUGUGGCAGUUUACAAGUGGCUGAAGAUAGACCGGUGCUUCCCCAGAUGAUACUUUAAAAAUAAAGACUAAAACCUUAAAAUCAAUUCUAAAAUGGACUGGCAGCCAGUGUAAGUCCGCCAGCGCUGGGGUGAUGUGAUCAUCAGCCACAGACUGGUCACCAACCUGAUGAGAGUUUGGAUAAAUCCCCAGGAGCCAGGCAACUAUUCUCUGAGCCCGACCUAAAGAUUAGCAACUCAUACGUAGUCUAAUGCGUGCAGGUGAAGCCUAACUAUGCUUCCAAAAGAGCAGUCCUAACAGUAAUAAAUAAAGCGAGAAGAGCAAGGUCCAAGGAUGGAACCCUGUGGAACCCCCAAAGGAGGGAAGCCCUGUCCGAGGAGCAACCAUAAUUAGACAGGUGCACCACAACAAAUAAAUGAGCUGAAUAUUUAGUAGAUCCUCCUUUUGAGGAAAUAACAGCCUCUAAAUGCUUCCUGUAGCUUCUAAGGAGAGUCUGGAUUCUGGCUGAAGGUUUUCUGGACCAUUCUUCUUCACAAAACAUCUCCAGUUCAUUCAGGUCUGAUGGCUUCUGAGCAUAGACAGCUCUCUAACUCACACCACAGAUGUUCUAUAAUAUUCAGGUCUGAGGACUGAGAUGGCCAUUCCAGAACAUUCUACUUGUCCCUCUGCAUGAACGCCUCAGUAGAUGUUGAGCAGUGUUUAGGCUGUCGUCUUGUUGAAAGAUCCAGCCCUGGUGCAGCUUCAGGUUUGUCACAGAUUCCUGGACACUGGUCUCCAGUAUCUGCUGGUAUUGAGUGGAAUCCAUGCAUCCCUCAUCUUUAACGAGACUCCCAGUCCCUGCACUGGCCACACAGCCCACAGCAUGAUGGAACCUCCACCAUGUUUUACUGUAGGUAGCAGGUGUUUUUCUAGGAAUGCAGUGUUCAUUUUCCUCCAUGCAUAACGCCCUGGUUCUGCCCAAAUAACUCAGUUUCAGUUGUAUCAGUCCGCAGCACUGUAGGGCUGGGAAAGGCCGACAAGCUUAUUUGUCCACUGUAAUGUCAGAGGUCAGCAGACAUUGAUUUUUCCACAGCCUGCUUCAUCAAGGGUAAACUUUCACCUCAAGACACAAGCUGUCUGUAGUCUUGCACCAGAAGGUAGCCAUAAUGAACUCCUUCUCCUGACUGCCUUAUCUGAGCUGCAAGGUCUAAUGCAGAAGUCCAGACUUUUGUUCUCUUAAUAAAAUGAUUCUUAAUUUGGUCUCAUGAAAUGACUUGUUUCAAUCGACAGGUUGCUUACAAUCAUAUUCUGUGUUAUCUGCCAUGAAUGUUCUAUCUAAAGUGAUUUACUAAUUAAUUAAUCUACAUAAAUGUUUAUUAAUUCAUGACUUAUUUCAGAUAUUAAAUACACUAAAUGAGUCUACUCGAUGGUUUAAUAAAGAUGUAUUAUUGUUACAUUCACAUAACAAAUGAAUGUUUAACAGAUUUACUCCAUGUAUUAAGUGAAGUGAGUUUUCUAAGCGUCUCAGAAAGGGCAGUGAAACGAGUAAACGCCUAUUCAAAUUCCUCACAUCUGGUUGGUCAAAGUUUAUAAAUAACCACUUGUUAAAAGUGAACUCACUUCCUGUUUUCCAGUUUCAGCCAAAGCUCGCAGCUCUUGCUAAAAGACAAUCCGACGGGGAAUCAACCAGAUGUUUCAGUGGAAUCAUUUUAAAGAACCGUCCAUUUUUGAAUCAAUCCGUUAUUAUUUACUCAAUCCACCACCCACUCAUCAGACGUGAAACCGUCCACCAGAAGCCACCUGGGACGUAUCUUCUGACCAGUCGUGCGUAUGCUGAGGGUGUCUACGACCUUCAGAUACAUCAGAAGUCCAUGCUUCGCUUGCAGACUGGAUCUCCAAGAACUUCCACAAUCCUGGUGCGUAUAAUGGCAUCACAGUGGUUGAUAUUAAUUUGGUAACUUGUUAAAUUACAUCGAACACCCAAAUGUAUUCUAUAAACCAGACAUCUCCCCUUUCUGAGUCACUUAGAAAGCUCUUGAACACACCAGGUCAUGUUUCAACAGAGUUCCUUCAUUGUCUCAUUUAACAUCACCGUGUCACCAUUUAUAAUCAUUAGUCUUUCAUCAUCAUUGAUAUAAUAAUAAAUUGAUUUUUAUAAACUAUA